AUGGGUGGGUGUGCUCGGUUCGUUUCGUUCUGUCGUUCAUUUCUCAUUUUUCUAUUAUUUGUCUUCGUUUUUCCUUCUGCGUUUCUUUUGACGAUUCCGAACCAAUCGCAUUUCGUUCUGUUCUCUCCAAUUGUUUCGAGAGAGUAUUUCUAUAUAUACAUAUAAUAUACUGAUAUCUGUCUAUAUAGAAUUCAUUUUUAUGUAUUGUCUUUGCACAUGACAUAUGGAUUUUUUUUCUUUCUUUUUCUUCGUUUCGUUUGGGUUUUGGGGUUUUUUCUUAUUGUCGAUUUCCCAGCUGCCAUUCCACAUUUCUUCGGGCUUGGGGUGCUGGAAUAUUGAUGACAGCUGGAAUUUGAUUAUAAAUUGAUUCCAAAUACAAUACUUAAUAUUUAACUUAAUUUACUUAAUAUUUAAUUUAAAAAAAACUGCAAUCUCUACCACAAAAAAGAUCAUAAAAGAGCUAAGUCUAAGAAAUGGUUUCUUUUUUCUUAUUUUUAAUUUAAUUUGUUUUAAUUCCUUUUUUUCAUUUUUUUUAAUUAGAACUGGAUUAAAUGUCUAAUAAAAAGAAAUCUCUUACUAACAAGGAAUUCUUAAAUUACCCGCCAAAUCAAGUUUCCGGUUGCAAUAUCAGGCAUAGCUUGUCAGCCAGCGCUUUUGACAUGUUUUCCAACCCUUUAAUGUUUUUCCUACGUUUAACAAUACUGCCGUUUAGAAAGCAGUUAUUUUUAAAUACAAAUUAACUUUUUAUUAUCCUUAUACUAUCCAAAUAUUCAAUUUUCCAAGUACCAGAUUAAAACAUAUUACAUCAUACUAUAAUGGCUUGGUCCAAAUUCAAAUAAAUUACCAUUUGCAGAACUACGUAGUGUUUAAUAAGAUUAAAAGCAAUUAGAAAUUCCUUAGCGGUAAUUAAUUAUUCAUGUAUAUUGGCGCGAACGACCUUCAAAGAAAGCGCAAUGAGCGAAUACGCUAGAGCGGAAAUCAAAUAGUAGCUGCGAUUAAAAAAAAAACAAAUAGCAUUACCGAAAAAAGUUGUAUGUAAAUAAUGAACUUGCAGGUGAGCUGUUUAAUUUAUGAUUCGAUCGAGGCAUUUAUUAGAAACCCCCGUCUGUUAGUCGCCUAUUAGUCUGUCUCCGAAAAGAACCGCGAAAUGUUAUCCCCAACCCCGAUUGAUCCACACACCCAUCCACUAUAUGCCACUCCGUGGCCCACGGUGGUAAUAAUAAUCGCGUACUUUGCAUUCGUUUUGAAAUUGGGUCCCGAAUUUAUGAAGGAUCGAAAACCCUACGAUCUGCGCGGCGUCAUCAAGGCUUACAACAUCAUUCAAAUUCUGUACAAUCUUUAUGGUCUUUAUGGUGCUGUACGCUUUCUUUUCUUUAUGGAUACCUAUGAUAUAAAAUGUUUGAAAUCCCUGCCUCUGGAUCAUCCGCACAAGGACUAUGAACGCUAUUUAUGCAACAUUUAUGGAAUCAACAAAUUUAUGGACCUAACUGAAACCAUAUUCUUUGUUUUGCGAAAGAAAGAUAAGCAAUUAACCUUCCUGCAUCUGUUCCAUCACAGUAUUAUGGCUAGUAUUGGCUAUAUUGUUGUUACAAUACAUGGAUACGGUGGGCUCCUCUUCCCAGCCUGCACUCUAAACGCCUUCGUCCACGUUGUGAUGUACACCUACUACUACCUGUCGUCGGUGAACUCGUCGGUGCAGAAGAGUAUCUGGUGGAAGAAAUACAUAACUCUCGUCCAACUCGCCCAGUUCGUAAUUGUCCAGGUUCUUAUCAUCAAAACCAUUUCAAACCCCAACUGUAAUUACGCCAAACUACCGAUGGGGAUAUGCUUUAUUUUUAAUCCCAUUUUUAUUGGGCUGUUUAGUCACUUUUACAUUAAGACCUACAUUUUAUCGCCUAAGAAAAGUCCUAAAAAGGACCAGGAUUCGCUGAAUUCAAAAGAAGAGAAAGUUAAUUAAAA